AUGACCGCAGAAUUCCUCUCCCUGCUUUGCCUCGGGCUGUGUCUGGGCUACGAAGAUGAGAAAAAGAAUGAGAAACCGCCCAAGCCCUCCCUCCACGCCUGGCCCAGCUCGGUGGUUGAAGCCGAGAGCAAUGUGACCCUGAAGUGUCAGACUCAUUCCCAGAAUGUGACAUUUGUGCUGCGCAAGGUGAAUGACUCUGGGUACAAGCAGGAACAGAGCUCGGCAGAAAACGAAGCUGAAUUCCCCUUCACGGACCUGAAGCCUAAGGAUGCUGGGAGGUACUUUUGUGCCUACAAGACAACAGCCUCCCAUGAGUGGUCAGAAAGCAGUGAACACUUGCAGCUGGUGGUCACAGAUAAACACGAUGAACUUGAAACUCCCUCAAUGAAAACAGACACCAGAACCAUCUUUGUCGCCAUCUUCAGCUGCAUCUCCAUCCUUCUCCUCUUCCUCUCAGUCUUCAUCAUCUACAGAUGCAGCCAGCAUGGUUCAUCAUCUGAGGAAUCCACCAAGAGAACCAGCCAUUCCAAACUUCCGGAGCAGGAGGCUGCCGAGGCAGAUUUAUCCAAUAUGGAAAGGGUAUCUCUCUCGACGGCAGACCCCCAAGGAGUGACCUAUGCUGAGCUAAGCACCAGCGCCCUGUCUGAGGCAGCUUCAGACACCACCCAGGAGCCCCCAGGAUCUCAUGAAUAUGCGGCACUGAAAGUGUAGCAAGAAGACAGCCCUGGCCACUAAAGGAGGGGGGGUCGUGCUGGCCAAGGUUAUCGGAAAUCUGGAGAUGCAGAUGACUGUGUGUCCCUUGCUCUUCGUCCAUAUCAAUAAAAUUAAGUUUCUCAUCUUAAAAAGAAA